UUUAUUAAAAAGUGACAGUCGUGCUCAAUAGGCAGCCACGGAGGCCUGGGAAAAAUGCCGAUGACGGUUGUUUCCGGUCGAUUCUCAACGGCGUUUCUCCCCACUGGUUUUUCCUUGUCGCGGGUUCUUCCCGUCAAGUUCCCGGCUCAAAGACACGUUGUUUUCGUUUCCAGAUCAGCCCACGCUUCUUCUGUCUCUGUCUCCGCCGAGACGAAUUCGAAUGUGGACUCUCUUAUCGAGAAUGAGAAGAACAGAGGAGAGAAGAAGAUUCUAGCUUGUCCCAUCUGUUAUAACUCCUUCGCAUGGAUUAGUCAACCUAAUGGAUUAGUAGAAUCUGGUGCCUCUGGUGCUCAAUUACAAUGCAAUACCUGUAAAAGGAGUUACUCGGGUAAUGAGACGCAUCUUGAUUUGGCUGUCGCUAGUGGAAGCAAGCAAUACAGUGAACCAAUGCCACUUGCAACAGAGUUGUUCAGGACUCCAUUAGUCUCGUUCCUUUAUGAGAGGGGUUGGCGUCAGAAUUUCGUAUGGGGAGGUUUUCCAGGACCAGAGAAAGAGUUUGAAAUGGCUAAAGACUACUUGAAGCCUGUUUUGGGAGGCAAUAUCAUUGAUGCCAGUUGCGGAAGUGGGAUGUUCUCGAGGUUAUUCGCUAGAAGUGAGCUAUUUUCUCUGGUUGUUGCCCUUGAUUACUCGGAGAAUAUGCUGCGACAGUGCUAUGAACUCUUAAAUCAAGAAGAAAACUUUCCCAACAAAGAGAAACUUGUCCUAGUCCGAGCAGACAUUGCUAGACUUCCUUUCCUUUCGGGUUCACUUGACGCUGUCCAUGCUGGUGCUGCUCUCCAUUGUUGGCCUUCACCUUCCUCAGCCGUUGCUGAGAUAAGCCGUGUUCUUAGACCUGGAGGAGUAUUUGUGGCCACUACAUUCAUUUAUGACGGCCCUUUUAGUUUUAUCCCGUUCUUGAAAAAUCUUCGUCAGGAAUUCAUGAGUUAUUCAGGUUCUCACGUCUUUCUGAGCGAACGUGAGCUUGAAGAUCUCUGCAAAGCCUGUGGACUUGUUGGCUUCACUCGUGUUAGAAACGGGCCAUUUAUAAUGCUCUCUGCCACAAAAAGCCAGAGAAGCUGACACUCUUAAUGCUACUCUAAUGCAUAGAAUAUACAAUUUCCUGGUGUAAAGUUAUAAAUAUUAGAACAACUCGAGAGAGCAUACCGUACCUAUUUUGGAAAGUUCUUUGCAAAUUUGCCUAUCUA